AUGCCUACCCUCGUCGGAAAGGAAGUCGGUGCCACCGGCUACGGCACCAUGAGAAUGACAUGGGCCAGCCAGCCACCGGCGCAGGAAGUGUGUUUUGAGACCUUGAACAAGACCCUGGAGCUGGGCGCCAAUUUCUGGAACGGUGGCGAGCUCUACGGUACUCCGGAGUACAACUCCAUGCACCUGUUGAACAAAUACUUCACCAAAUACCCCGAGAACGCCGACAAGGUCGUUCUCAGCGUGAAAGGUGGACUCAAGCCCGGCCAACUUAUCCCCGAUGGCUCAGAGGAGAACAUCCGCCGCAGUGUGGAUGAGUGUUUGCGUCUGCUAGAUGGCAAGAAGAAGAUUGAUAUCUUUGAGUGUGCGCGUCAGGACCCUAACUUCCCCAUCGAGCACACGAUCGAGAUUCUCGCCAAGUGCAUGAAGGAGGGCAAGAUUGGAGGAAUUGGUCUGAGCGAGGUGGAUGCAGAGACUAUCCGGCGAGCAGCCAAGGUGCACCCCAUCGCCGCCGUGGAGGUCGAGAUGUCAUUGUGGUCCACCGACAUCCUCGAGAACGACAUCGCCAAGACCUGCGCCGAGCUUAAUAUCCCCGUCGUUGCCUACUCGCCUCUGGGCCGGGGUGUCCUGACCGGUGCCGUGACUUCGCUGGCCGACAUCCCCGAGGGUGACAUGCGGCGACACAUGUCCCGCUUCCAAGAGGAGAAUCUCCAGCACAACCUCAAGCUGAUCAAUGAAAUUGCUUUGGCGUGGAUUCGCAGCUUGAGUGGCAAGCCCGGCAUGCCCACUAUUAUUCCCAUCCCUGGAGGCACCACUGUCGACAAGGUUGUUCAGAAUAUGAGCGGAGUGCAGGUGCUCUCUGAUGAAGAGCUGGCGGAGGUCGAUGCGAUCCUAAAGCAGCACACGGUCGCUGGGCCGCGCUACUAA